AUGGUGCAGGCCUGGUGACAGCGGCAGCAGCGAGCCCCGGCUGUGCUGAAACACCUACAGUCUUCACAACAACAUCCCUGAACAGUGUCUGAUGCCCCGGAGUGUACCGCUCAGUCGACCUGCUCGGCCGUUUGAAGAAGGGCUCGUCUCGUAGGCAGCACUGACCUUCAGGCUGAAAGGUCAAACAUUGUGAGGGCGGUGCCAGAUGGAUCAUGGUGGUCAGUUGGAGAGGGAGGCCAGAGAAAUGUCCCAAGCACAGGUGGGCGGGGUUGACCUUUGUGAUAACCUACCCAGUCCUGAGGCUCUCACUCCCCAAACUCGAAAUCUCAAUGAAGCCAACACCCUCACACAGACUCAAAGUCUCUCUCCUUCACAAAAUGAAGACAGAGGAGGGCUUGGGCUCAUCCAAAAAGCCUCCCUCAGCAACAGUGGGAAGGACACGGAGGAGGAACAGGAAAAGGAGGGCUACAUGGGAGGAGGUAGAGAGGAGGAUGAGGAAGAAGACACUGAUGAGGUGAUGAAGGACGAAGAAGAGGAGGAAGGAUCAGAGGGCUCAAGCUGUCUAAUUCGCUGCCAGUCUCCAGACACUCCCAUGACUGAUUCCUCCUAUUCAGAAACUGGCAGUCUGUUGGAGACUCCAUAUCCUUUCAGUCCUGGGACCAGUCCAGAGCCUACAUCCCCUGUAAUUCCAGUGGUCAGUCCAGAAACUGCAUAUCCCACUAGUCAAGUGGAACUGAGCCAGAGUGAUGUCAAAGUGGACUUUUAUAACUCCAACACUGAAUCAGUUGCCUCAGGGUCCAUUACACUGGGACCGACCUUCACCACAGGGCUUAUAGAUUCAACUACGCUGACUAUGACCUCAGACACCAGCCCACCUGGGCCUGCAUGUAUCGUACAAGCUACAGACAGAAUAGCAAAAAAUACUAACUUCACUACAGAACAUCUUGCCUCAUCCACAGAGCCCCUGUUCAACCAUGGGCUUGCAUAUGCCAAAGGGGUUGCCAGUGCAUAUGCCGGACCCACCUCAACUGCGGAGACAUUGACAGUAACUGUUUCAGCUACCAGUACAGAAUCCAAUUCCACUAUAGUACCUGUGACCUCAAACUGGGAACACAUUACCUCCACUCCAGUGCCCGCUUGUUUCUCAGUCUCCACCUGCGCCACAGGGCCUAAUCCAAGCCCUGCUCUGCUGGAGUCUCUCAAGCAGUUGGCGCAAAGAGGAGAUGACACUCACCUUCCACAGUACCUGCACCAGAUUGCUGAGGCCUUCGUUCUUCACAAAGACUACCAGCGGGCAUUAUGGUGUAUCCAGCUAGAGACACUCUAUCACCAGAGAGUAUUGGACAAUCUGAAUGCACUACAAGAACAGUGGGAGAGUCGGUGUGGAAGGACUUUUCCCCAAUUGGCAACCCAGCAUCUGGACACUCUUAAACACAUCUGCCAGACGCACAGUCGACCAAGAGCGAGAGAUGCUGUGUGUGCAUCUAUGGAUGUUCUGAGGCCUCCAUUUGAAGAAGGUGGUGCACAGCCACCAUGUACCUCCGCCCGACAGGUUGACAGAGGGAUGGAGCACAAAGAGAGAGGCGAAGACUCCUCCUGUUCGCAGAGCGGCCAUCCAGUCAUACCCUCCAUUAAAUUGGUCGAUGGGCUCAAUUCCCCUGAGAUCUCAAAGAAGGACAGGAAAGACCCAGACAGGGAAUUAGAGGGGAGGGACGGUUUCCAUGAAUCUCAGCUGACUGACAAACAGGGCAGAGAUGGAGAGGGAGGAGAGGCAGAAGGAGGGGUAGGAUACGCCACUUCAAUCAUGGGAAAUGAACUGCACCCCUCCACAGCCGGAGAAAUGGAUCAGUCCAAGCCCGCAGAGCAGCAGGGAGGAGAUUUAGGUCUAGCACAGGAAAAGGAGGCAAAAAGGGAAGAAGAGGAGAGGGACGUGGAGGAAGCGGCCGAUGCUUUGGAGAUGGAAGAUGAGGGAGAGGAUGAAGAGGAGGAGAAGCAGAAGGUUAGAGACUCUCCUUUUUGUCAGAAAGCUCUCCCAGUGGAGACUCUGGUCAGCGGGGCAGAAGUGGAGGAACAACAGCUGCACCAGGAAGCCUCUGCUGGGGAGGAGCUACAUGAGGAGACUCAGGAGAAUGCUAAAACCUGCCUGCACCAGGAGGCCUGCCUUCCCCAAGAGGCUCAUUUGAAGCAGCAGGAGCAGGGUGAGGAGGAGGAAGAGGAAGAGGAGUAUGAGUAUGAAUUGGAACAGGCUGACAUCAUCAGAGAAGCGGCCUCACUGGACUACAUGGCUAAACUCAUCACUGUAGAAGAGAUGUCUCCAGCCUCUGGCCUGGUCUCAAUAUUGAAGAAGAGGAGUGUUUGUGUGGACAACAUGAGUGUAUCUGGCAGCUCAGAGCCCCGACUGGACAAACUCCCUGCUAAAAGACGCGUCCGCUUCAGAGUUCCUGAUGACAGCUAUGAGCAAGAUGUUGGCGGUGGGGACUCUUGCCUGCUUCUCUUCCUGCUUUGUCUGGUUACCGUAGUGAUCAGUGUGGGUGGCACCGCCCUUUACUGUGCUCUGGGCGAUGCCCACUCCUCUGUCUGUCAGGACUUCUCCCGAAAUGCAGACUUCUACAUUGGCCAGAUACAGCGCGGGAUAUCCCACAUCCAGCAUUGGUUCACCCCCGGGUCAUAGCAGCAAACAGUUUGUCAACCUUGCGGAGCCACUGGCCUUACUGUUUAUCACUGUAGGUUCCAGCAGUGCCUGCUACUUCCUGAGACAAUGUUUUCUGAGGUAAUGGUGCCAGGCAGCUGCUACAGUUCCUGUUGAUAUGUGGAAGCAAGUGGCUAUUGUGCUGCCUAAUUGGCUAAAUGAUUAUAUCAGAAAUGGCUGGCAUGUGUAGACUUGCUCUACUGCAUUUUUAAUGCUCUUUGAAUGCAGCCCCAUUGUUGAAUGAUACUUAAGUUGUAGAUCAGAUGUCCCUUUACAACACUAGUUUGAAAGGGAAAGCAGAGCAGAGAGAGAAAGAGGAGAAUGGACUUACUUCAUACCAGAAGAGGAAAGACUGAUUUACACCCCUCUCAACCCUGCCCACAUUAAAUAGGUUUUAAAUUAUCAAGCAAGGUUUAGAAAUUGUUGUCCUAUUGAACACACAUUCAUUGUCAGCCAGUGAUACUUAAUUUUCAAAAGACAUUUGUCGAUAAAUCAACAAUGGCUGGAAACAAACUUUUACUGAAUCACAAUGGACUCUGAGACUCAACUCCCUCAGUUAAAAAUCAGAACAAAGUCAUAACGGCUGCAACCCACUGAGAUGUAAAAAAGUAUAUAUAAAGUGUAUAGUUUGUUAACUGGAGGGCGCAGAGAUGCUCUCUCCACACACACACACUGCACAAAUGGGAUGUACCCCAUUGGGCAUUUUACAAACUGCUGCAACCACUAGUGUUGCUUUUAUUGUUGACUUUUUAAAAUUGCAAAGUGAAAUUUUAAAAUGAACAAACUAUUCUGUGGUGUAAUACUUGGAAUGAAAUUAUUAUGUCUUAAUCAACCUUUGUAUGAAUGUUAGGAGGUUAAUUUUAAAACGUUGCUUUCUGUCAUCUGUAGGGUAUUCAUAUAUUGUCAGAAAAAAAAAAAAAGAUUGAAAGGGUUAUUUUAGCAUUUAUCAAUAUUGAGCUGCUAAUGGACAACAGGCGCAUCAGAUAUGUCCCAUGGGGGAAAUUAUACAAUCUCAUCGCAAAUCACAGCUGUCAUCUUAAAGCAGCUACAAGGAACUUUUUUAUUUUAUAUUCAUUCUGGCGGGCCCUGUGGACAGUGUUUCCACCGCCUUGUGCUGUAUGAUUUUGAGGAGAAUCAGACCUAAUCCGACCCGGUGGCAGGCAUUACAAAUAUCUAUAUAGAAACAGACAUCCUUCACGCUGAUGGUCUUUUUUGCUUAUGCAGGUCAUACAGAGGCAUCAGUAUUAAAUUGAGACUUGUGACCAGUUAAAAACUCCUUUUAGUGUUUUAAGUUUUGCAUUACAUUUCCAAUGAGUAAAUGCUUAAGACCUGUACAUCAGCUGCACAGCUGUACUUUAUGUGUACUUCCCCCCCCCCCGCACACAUUUGAAGUGUGUCCUGUUGCUGCCCUUUUCUGUAUAACUACCAACAAUGCAUUGCAAUGAGCUGACAUGGCUUCCACUGGAAACUAACAGUUCAAACUAUCAGUUUAUGAGUUUCAAUGAGCUAGAUUUAGCUUUGUGUAGCAUAUGCAACAUGUACAGCAACACAGUGCACCUCUGUAUAUAUUGUCAGAAGAAUGUUUAACAUGUUGCACAUACGACUGGUACGAUGUUUUAGUAUAUUGCAAUAUUUCUACAGGCAUUGUUGUGUUUCUAUACUAAACGUUUUCAGGUACAGUGAACAUUAGUUAUGCACAGAGAACAGAACUCGAACAGAAAAUACUGUUCUGUCCAAUCUGGCUCGGUUUGGAAUAUUUCUGUAAAAAAAAAAACGGAUAAAUGAGAAUUGUACAAUUAAUGUUUAAAACAAUAAUUCUUCAGUGUACUUUAUCAACACAGGCCUUGAUGUUGAUGAGGUGAUUUGAAGCACUGUGUCAGUCCAGCUCUGCCUGCCUGUGUGUUUGCUGUUUUUAGGGACUCUGGGCAUCAGUGUGUGAUUGUCAUGUUUUCAAAUAAUUUUUUGCAACUCGGAAUGGUUUUUGCCUUCUUCAAGACUCGUCUACUUAACAUUUGCCAUUUUUGUAAAGCAUAUGUUUAAUGUGUUUUGUAAAAAGGCUUACACUUUGUCCAUGAAAGCCAUCUCAGGCCUUUAUUGUUACAUCCGUGCUUAACUCUUAUUUCUAAUCAUUUUAAAGCAAAUAUUAGUCUUACUGUUGUCAUUUUACUAAUUAAUCUUACUGUUUGCCUACUCAGCCACCUCUGCCUCCAUACUUGUGUCAUUUUAACAUACUGCAAUGUUUGGUGUUCUGUUAAAAUAUUUUUUCUUUCGUUUGCUGUAGUAGUGGAUGCCAUAAAAAAUAUCCUAGAAAAACCACAUAUCUCACAAAGUUCUUCACUGUCAGGAAGAAAACAAAUCUAUCAAAGAGAACAGAUUCAACUGUCUUACCUAUGCAUUUGUAACAGUUUCAGAUAAAAGCGUAUUAUCUUUAUCUCAUGGUGUAGCUCACAAAAACCUGAAAAUUAGUUUGAGAUGUGAGGUUUUUCCAGGAUGUAUGAAUUGGAGAUUGAAUCUUGUUUUUAUUUGCACAUGUUGUCUGGCUGGUUCAGAUGACUAUCACUCAGAAAACCUCUUAUUUAAUCUUCUAGACAGUUUUAAUUAUUUAUAAUAUGGGGGGUGGAAAAACAGAGAUGCAUCUGUUUGUUUGUUUUCCUUGCUUGUUUAUUGUAAUCAUACAGAUAGAUAGAUGUUUCAUGUCUUAAAUUGCCAUUUGUUCUUAAGGAGGCUUUGACAGAGAAUUUCUUAUUUUAUAAUCUAACUGAAUACCAUCAUCUGGGUCAUUAUUAUAUGUGGUUUAUUUUCAUUCAUUUUCCCUCAUCCGUUCCUGAAGAAGAGUUGAAACUGGAGAGUUUGUGCUUCUGUUGUCAUUAUCACCUCCUUCACACAUAAGAUUGUUAAACGGUUGAUGUUUUUUCCAUCUGAAAGCUGAAAACUAUCUAUUGUAAUUUAGAUCUUCAUACGAAUGUUCAUUUGUUUUAGCCAGUUGGUUUUUAACAGAAAUGAAUGGAUGAAAAGUCAUUAUUUUUUGUGUGAAUCGCUGCUUGAUGAAAGGUGUUUUACAACUUGUUUGAUGAACUCUUUCACAUUGUUCUUACAGAUUGUAAUAAGAAGAUGAGGUUUUUAUUUUUUCUUGUCAAAAAACACCUCUUCCCUGGUAUGUCUCCUCUUAAAGCCGUUGAGAAAAAGUU